CCGCCGAGCGCCCAAACGCUGUGGACGCGUUUUUCGCUUCGUUUCUUAGUCGGGUUCGUUACGCUUUUGAAGCGAAGCGCCGCCGAGAGCUUUGUUGUUGUCGAGUGUCUAGCCCUGCCAGCAACAUGUUGUUUGCUUACUAAUUGGCCCUCAGACAGUCCUUCGAAUGCAGCAGGAGCGAAAUACACAAGCAGGAAGUUGGGAAAUGUUUGUCAGCGAAUCUGAGCCUGCCCAACAAACAUAUGCCUGCACUGGCAAUGUCUCUACGGAUGACGAUGUCACAGAAAUCAAAAACCUGAAGAACAAUAACCAAAGCGGAAACAGAAGACCCAGUUUCGAAGGAGGCGGUUCACCGCUGCAGGAAAUCGAUGAACAUUACGUCUGCGACAUUGCCAUGAUGCGCAUCGGCGGGGAGGAGGGCCUCCCGGUGACACACAAUGUGCCAGCUAAUGAUUCACCAGCGCUGUCCAACAAUGAAAGUACAAACAAUGAGAACGAGGUGGAGAUCGAUCGGCAGGAGGAGGAGCAGGCGAUCAGCGAUCUGGUGCGAUCGAGUAGUGCAGGUGCCCUCAUGGAGGCAGACAGCAAAAAUGGUGGAAGCAUGCGUGUGGUCUUCGGCAUCCUGGUGCGACUGGUUCUUCCACUGGCCAAUGGCGUGGCCAGGGGCAUCAAGGGCAUUCGCGAUGUGCGGGUGCUGAGGGUUCUCCAGAAUCUGGCCUCCAGCCGACAGGCUCUCACCAAUCUGGUGGCCUUUGCCGCCAACACCAUCUCGCUAAAUCUGUCAUCGGUUCAGGUUUCUAAUCGCAUGGGCCCCUUACUGAAGCUCCUGAAAAUGCGCAAAUCGCAGGAUGGCCUUGAGAGUCUUCCCGACACCCUGAGUGCUCCCUCCACGCCCUGCACCCCCUGCCCGACCAGCAAUCCGAUGCAGGGUCCGCCCAUUUACAGCGUUCGCUCGGAUGCGCCCAGCUGUUGCACCAUUAAUAUACUGGCGGAACCUCCGCCGGGUCAGCCCAUCCGGGCGGAUAUUGUCCUUAUCCAUGGUCUGCAUGGAUCCUUGGUAAAUACUUGGAAACAAGGACUCUGGCAGAAUGAUCGUCAGCCGGUGGAGUUCGAAAGGCCGCCACGUCCGCCAGUGCGUCCGCCAAAGAGACCUCGUCACUCCCGCAGUGCGGCCAUUCAUCCGGCUCCCAGGGAGAAGAGGGCCAAGUUUGCUUCCCUCAACCGCUGCGUGGACACCCCAGAUGAUGCCCCAGUGCGACAGAGGACACGACUGCAGCAAUCUGUGGCAAUUCAGCCGGAGGACUUCCAGUUCAAUGCUUCCGAUAGCGAUGAUAGCGACUAUGCUUAUGUGUGCGGCGAGCCAGAAGACAUUCAGAUAUGCGAGGGCAUCGAGUACAGCUUCCCCACUUUCCGACUCAGGAUGCAGGACAACAACCAGCUUCUGCAGGCUGAAUUGGAGUCUAUGCUGCAGGCCAAUGGCAAAGGGGAAGGGGGUACCAUCGGACGGGACAGACGCCCCCGUUCCGCCUCACCAGCCACGCCCCGCAAGUCCAGCCGCAAGAACAAACCUUCGCCCAACGAUCCAAACUACUCAAAGUGCUGGCCCGGCGAUUGGCUGCCACUGGAUUGUCCGGGAGUGCGGGUUAUAGCCCUGAACUACACCACUGAUCAAUAUCUCUGGCGACCGCUGUGGAAAGGGAAGGAGCCGCGCUCCAGCCUCAUCCAGCGAUCCCGCGAAAUGGCCGAACUGCUCAUCCAGCACCGCGUGGGCCAUGGCCAUCCCAUCAUCUAUGUGGGCCACUCGAAGGGGGGCCUCUUUAUCAAGCAGCUAAUGGUGGAUGCCUGGGAGAGUGGUCGUCCCGCGAUGACCCCCCUUUGGCGAUCCGCCCGCGGCUGCUUCUUUUACUCGGUUCCCCAUCGAGGUUCCCAUUUGGCCAGCAUCAAGGCGCCGCUGCUUUCGCGAUCCGUAGAGCUGCUGGAGAUUGAGAAAAACAACAAGUACCUGCUGGACCUACAUCGCAGAUUCGCGGGACUAUAUCAUCUGGGUCACCUAAAGAUCGAGGUGUUUAGCUUUGUGGAGACCGCCUUGACGCUCAUGUCAGUGCUGUAUCUCCGCAUUGUUGGUGUGGACUCAGCGGAUCCCGGCUUUGGCGACGUCUGCGGCAUUCGUCUCGAUCAUCGCGAGAUCUGCAAGCCCCGUGGACGGGACUGUAUUUUGUACAAAGAACUGGUGAAAAUGAUUGAAAAGGUGUGCUGAGCAUUCGGCGAAACUGAAAGACAUUAUGUGUUUAAUAUAUAGUGUUUAAAGGACCUGAUCUAUUUGAAACCUAAUUGUGAAUAGAACCGACAACUCUGAGGUGUCAUGAUAUUACGCGUACCUAAAUGUGAUGCCUCAGCAUCCAACUGGGGCAGGCUUAAUGUUAAAGCAACGCUUGUUGAUUUAAUAGUGCAUAGCAUAGUUGUUUCAUAAACUUUAAUUCGCCUAUCCAUAGCUCAAGUUAGUUAUACACAUUUUGUUGCCUCUAGUUUAAGCUUACAUAUGCCAUCGGGCGUCAAUGAUAAUUUUGCAAUUUUUGUGAUCGAUUGUGAUCAUUUUUGUAGCACUUUGUUGUGAUGAUCCCUCAAACACCCGUGAGUACGUUAUUGAUAUUGUACCAUACAUAAAUUUAAAGUUCGCUAGACCUAUGAAUAUCCUAAUCUAAAAAAACCGAAAUCUACACCGCUGUAAAAUGUUACCAACGAAGACAAAAUUGAUGCAUAUAUAUAUUUCCAGACAUUUAAACGAUCGAUGUUUUAUACCUAUUGAAUAAGGAUUGAAUUACUAAAAACAAUAAAAGAUGAUAUUUUAUAAAA